AUGCAUUCAAUUAAUUUGAUAGAAUGUAUUGAAAAUUGUCUAAUUCACGGCUUGAAGAAAAGAGCUGGCGGUUGGCUAAGGAAUCUAUCAUCACAUGCUCUGUUAGUAAAGCUUAGCAAGAACAGUCAGCUUGCUGCAAACUUACUAGAAAAGAGUUAUAUGGAAGAUGGGGGCUUCAGAGGUAGAAGUGAUUCAAGCUUAAGCCAAUCCAGGCGUAAAAUUUCCGAAAAACAAAAAAGUGUUUCACAUAUUCAUCCAGCUCUGGCUAAGCAUCGAUGGAUUUUGAUAGCUCUGAUGGAAAGGAAAUUAAUUCCAAUUAUAGAAGAAUUAAUGAGAGUAUCAAGCAAAUUCUAUGAAAGUGAAGCUUUGAUGCUGCACACGGUUGAUGGCCCUUUACUUGUUAACUUGAUUGUCGGUGUAUGCGCUCUUGAAUUUACUCGUAUGAAAACUCCUGAUAAUGUAUGGUCUGAUCCAUCUGCUGAAGAACUAGUUAAACGUGAUAGAAUUCAUUCUACAGAAUCGUUCUCCAGGAUGAACUCCCAAACGAAACCUACACUAGGAAAGAUGAAUAGCGCAAUAUCUGUGGAUGAUAUUCGAUCAAAAUAUUCCGCGAGAGAUCAUGUAGAAUCGAUGCACCAGAACGGUUCUGCAACAUUACUGUACGGCAAAAACAAUGUCCUUGCUCAGCCGAAAGAUGGUAUGGAACCUGUUGCCGGAUAUUUAUCACUGCACAAAACAGACCUUCACUUGCUGCUGAAAUGGACUCCGAAUCAGCUAAUGAAUGCUGGCGAGAAAUAUAACGAAAAUAUUUUGUGGGAAUAUGCUAUGACAAUUGAUUUUAGUCAAAUCAUUUACCUUCAUGUACAUCAAAGUAACAAUAAAAACUCCGUUAUUUUGGUUGGAUUUGAUGGAGUGCAAUAUAAACCGUUUAUUUUUCCAAAGGGUGGUGCGAUGCUGUCAUUUUUGUCUUGCUUGGAGAGUGGCAUUCUACCCUAUGGAAAAUUUGAUCCACCGCUAUUUACAAAGAAACGUGGGGGUUUACGAUCUAAGAGAAGCAGCAAAUUUGCUGCAAAAAACAAAGACAGAAUCAACAGCGAUGAUUAUUCAGGGUUGUUGAAAGAACUCUCAUCUGAUAAGGGAUCUGAUGGACUAAUGAAUUUUGUGUUUCGCAUAAUUACUACAAAUGAAACCAAAAAAACUAAGCUAUCUCGAAGGAGAGCAGCUGCAAAGCUAUUGAGAGAAAAGCAUGCUGAAGAAGUAAAAGAUGUACCUGCAGAACCUUUUGCAAACAUGUAUUCAACUUCUGAACAUAAUCUUCAGGCUUCUUCGGAUAAGCAAUCAAUAAAGUCCCUAUGCGAUAGCAUGAGAGUUCAGUUACUUUCACGAGCUUUCUAUGGAUGGCUCGCUUACUGUCGCCAUCUAUCAACCGUAAGAAUCCAUUUAUCAGGGCUGGUACAUGAAAAAAAUAUUUCUAUAACGCAAACAUCAAAUACCUCAGCUGGUAUCACCGAAAAAGUAUGGAAAGAACUGAAUAGCUCCGGAAAGGUCAAGGAUGAAGAAGAAAUCAUGAAACUCACUUACUUUGGAGGGGUUGAACAUAGUAUAAGGAAGGAGGUGUGGCCUUACUUACUUGGACAUUACAAAGUAGGAUUAACUGAAGAUGAGAGAGAAAUGAUUGAUAAAGCAUCAGAAAAAUCCUUCCGGCGUAUUUUAGAUGAAUGGCAAGCUUGUGAGACUUAUUUGUUAGGUAAAGAAAAAGGCAAAGAUGAUAUAUUUAUGGAUCAAGAUAACGAUAGUUCGUCGUUAGAGUAUAAAGAAAUUAAUGGUACCAAUGAUUUAAAUCAGGAAAUAGAUGAAGCUGAUGCAAGAUCUUUAAGCAAAUUUGAUCCCUACUCUGAUUGUUAUUCAAGCAUUAGUAUUGAUACCCUCGAUAGAAGUGAAAUUGAUAGUGCAUUCGGAUCGGUUGACAACAAAUCUAACGGAAUGUCAUCGAGCGAAAGUAGAGAUAAUGCAACAAUAAGUAAAGGAGAUAGCUUUAAGAAAAAGGUGAAACUGCUAAGGAAAGGCAGCAGCUCUUUUGAAAGGGUUAGCGUUUCGUCAAAUGGUUCUUUCAAUUCGGAAGUUUUGGAAAUAUUUUCUAGCAAUUUGCACCGUAUCGAUAAGGAUGUAAUGCGUUGCGAUCGUAAUUAUUGGUAUUUUACCCCCAAUAAUCAGCAUAAUAAUUUACAAAAAUUAAGAAAUAUAAUGUGCAGCUUUGUUUGGGAACAUCUCGAUAUUGGUUACGUACAGGGAAUGUGCGAUUUGGCUGCGCCAUUAUUAGUAAUAUUCGAUGAUGAACCGAAAAGUUACAGCUGCUUUUGCUUUCUGAUGAAUCGAAUGGCAUCAAAUUUUCCGCAUGGUGGUGGUAUGGAUACACACUUUGCAAAUAUGCGCUCUUUAAUUCAGAUAUUGGAUUCAGAAAUGUUCGAUUUGAUGCAUCAGAACGGUGAUUAUACGCAUUUUUACUUUUGUUACCGUUGGUUUUUACUUGAUUUUAAACGAGAGCUCGUUUAUGAUGAUGUCUUCUCGGUAUGGGAAUGCAUUUGGGCUGCUCGAUAUUGUGUUUCUGAACAUUUUGUUCUUUUUAUUGCUCUAGCAUUGGUCGAAAAUUAUAGAUAUAUCAUUCUGGAUAAUAACAUGGAUUUUACGGAUAUCAUAAAGUUCUUUAAUGAAAUGGCAGAACGACAUAACAUGAAUGCGGUAUUAAAUGAAGCACGAACUUUGGUUGCAAAAGUACAAAAUUUAAUCGAUACAAAGUAUUGA